AACCGCCACUGCAAAACUGCCAGAACGUCCGCAGCGCCGAUGGCGUGUUGGCGGAAGAAGGUCGUGUUCCGGGCGCGCCGUGCGUGGGCCGCCGUCUCCGGCCGCCUCCUCCGCGGCAGCAAGUCCGGCAGCGGCGGGAUACUGAAGCUCCACGAGGACGUGCAGACCUGCGGGUACCAGGACGUGCAGGUCAUGUUCGACAUGCUCACCUCUGAGCUGGAGGCGGCGCACGCCCGCAACCGCAAGCAGCCUCCAUCGCCCCUGCCGGCGGCAUGGUCCAGCCGCUUGUCGUUGUCCUCCUCCGCCUGACCGAGGACAGCACAGUAGAGAAGAAGACCAUUCGUUGCAGUGCAUGGCACUCAGGAAGAACGUCACCAUGUUAGUUUUACAAGUUACUGCCUGUGCAUCAGGCGUCGAUCCCCCUGCUCUUCUUCUACCCGGCCAAAGAGCGAAAGACCGCCCUGUUGAUGGUGUGUAAAUAGAGGCGGUGUCUGAAGUUUUUGCCGGCCGGGAGGAAGAGGGAGGCAAGAGGGGUUUCAUUUCUAUUGCUGUCAUUUUCUUGUCAGAUUUUGCGCGGUUUUCACAUGUUGUGCGUGCGUUUGGAAGAAAUCGAGACUUGUUUGUUCGCAUAAUGUCAUUUUCUUGUCAUUUUCA